AUCAACUUUUAGAAGAUGUCGUGUAUUGACUAUUGACGUGGAGUAACUUCAGUUUUAUAGAUACUAAUUUUGCAGUAAUUAUGUAUUCUCUUAAAAUACGCGAUAAAAAAGAAGAAGAAGACGGUGGAAGCAGUAAUCUGUUCAACAAUUUAGAGAAAACUACAGUUUUACAAGAGGCAAGGACUUUCAAUGACACUCCUUUAAAUCCCAGAAAAUGUGCUCACAUUUUGACAAAAGUCAUUUAUUUAUUGAACCAGGGUGAUUGGGGUCAGGGUGAACAGCUGGGCACUGUUGAAGCCACUGAAACCUUUUUUGCUAUGACUAAGCUUUUCCAGUCAAAUGAUCCCAUUCUACGUAGAUUAGUUUACUUGUGCAUAAAAGAGCUGGCUGAAAUUGCUGAAGAUGUCAUCAUUGUUACUAGCAGCUUGACUAAAGACAUGACAGGAAAGGAGGAUCAGUAUAGACCAGCUGCUAUCAGAGCAUUGUGUACCAUUACUGAUGGUGGAAUGCUGCAAGCAAUUGAAAGGUAUAUGAAGCAAGCUAUUGUGGAUAAAAAUAGCUCAGUUUCUAGUGCAGCUCUAGUAUCAUCAUUGCACUUAAUGAAAUCAAGCCCAGAUGUUGUCAAAAGAUGGGUUAAUGAAGCUCAAGAAGCUGUGAAUUCUGAUAAUGUUAUGGUUCAAUAUCAUGCACUUGGACUAUUAUACCAGAUUCGAAAAAUGGAUAAGCUUGCAAUAUCAAAACUUCUUACCAAAUAUACAAGAACGGCAUUGAAAUCUCCUUAUGCUGUUUGUUUACUGAUAAGAAUAGCUAGCAAAUUAAUAGAAGAUGAUGAUGCUGGACCAGAAAAUCCUCAUUUCGAUUUCAUUGAAAGUUGCCUGCGACAUAAAAGUGAAAUGGUUAUUUAUGAGGCCGCCCAUGCUAUAGUUAACAUGAAAUCGACUACGCCUCGGGAACUGGCUCCGGCUGUAUCUGUGUUGCAGUUGUUUUGUGCAUCUCCUAAACCUACAUUGAGGUUUGCAGCUGUGAAAACCCUUAACAAAGUUGCUAUGACUCAUCCAGCUGCAGUUACUGCUUGUAAUAUAGAUCUUGAAAAUUUAAUAACAGACUCAAAUCGCAAUAUUGCUACUUUAGCUAUUACUACACUUUUGAAAACCGGAAGUGAAAGUAGCGUUGAUCGCUUGAUGAAGCAGAUAACCUCCUUUAUGUCUGAAAUUUCUGAUGAAUUUAAAGUCGUUGUAGUGCAAUCAAUUAGGUCAUUAUGUCAAAAGUUUCCUCGAAAACACAAUGUGAUGAUGAAUUUUCUCUCCAGUAUUUUGAGGGAUGAAGGUGGAUUUGAGUAUAAAAAAGCGAUUGUUGACACGAUUAUUAAUGUCAUUGAAGACAGUCCUGAAGGAAAAGAAGCAGGAUUGGCUCAUCUAUGUGAAUUUAUUGAAGAUUGUGAGCAUACUUCAUUAGGUGUAAAAGUAUUAUAUUUAUUAGGGAAGGAAGGCCCUAAAACUUCUCAGCCUUGCAAAUAUAUAAGAUAUAUAUACAAUAGAUUGAUUCUGGAGAAUGCUCCAGUGCGGGCUGCUGCUGUGAGUGCUUUAUCCAAGUUUGGAGCCCAUUGUGAAGAGCUUCUUCCCAAUGUUACUGUUCUUCUUCAAAGAAGCCUGUUAGAUACUGAUGAUGAAGUACGAGAUAGAGCAACUUAUUAUUUAAAUAUCCUAAAUGAGAAACAGAAAGGUGUCUACUCGCAAUACAUUCUAAAUGGGUUGCAAGUCUCCAUUGUUGGUCUUGAAAAAGCUCUUCAUCAGUAUACACUUGAACCAUCAGAAGCACCUUUUGAUAUUAAGAGUGUGCCUCUCGCUACACAACCAUUAACUGAAGAAAAGAAAGCAGAUGUACCUGUCAUCGGGAAAGGAAAAGAAAAAGUUGCUGCCUCUCGUCAAGAUAUAUUUGCUGAACAAAUAUCAUCUGUUCCUGAAUUAGCUGCAUUAAACUUAGGUCCACUUUUCAAAUCAUCACUUCCUAUUGAGUUAACCGAAUCUGAAACAGAAUUUGUUGUUAGAUGUAUAAAACAUACAUUUUCUAACCAUAUUGUACUUCAGUUUGAUUGCACAAAUACGCUGUCCGAUCAAGUAUUGGAAAAUGUGUAUGUGCAAGUCGAGCCAAGUGAGGGUUUUGACGUUGUGUGUUAUGCUCCUUGUUCAAAAUUGCAAUAUAGCGUACCUGGUACCACUUAUGCAUGCAUCACUCUUCCUUCAGAUCCAUUGAUUGUUGUAGGAACAUUUGGCAACACUUUAAAAUACCUUGUAAAAGAUUGUGAUCCUAAUAGUGGCGAGCCAGACGAUGAUGAAGGUUAUGAGGAUGAGUAUGUGCUGGAAGACUUGGACAUUUUAUUAAGUGACCACAUUCAAAAAAUUUUGAAACCAAAUUUCAGUGCUGCAUGGGAAGAAGUAACUGCCAAAAAUGAACUUGAAGACACCUAUGCAUUCAAUCUGAAAACUUUAGAAGACGCUGUAAAGAACAUAAUGCACUUCUUGGGAAUGCAGCCCUGUGAGCGAUCUGACAAAGUGCCAGAAAACAAGAGCUCUCACAUUCUUUUUCUGUCCGGAGUGUAUCGUGGUGGUCACACGGUUCUCGUUAGGGCAAAGCUAGCCAUGAGGGCAGACACAGAGGGUGUCACGAUGAACAUUGCAGUUCGAAGUACUGACCCCAAUGUCAGCGAAAUAGUUGCAUCUGCCAUAGGAUAAUUGUGGUUUCCAUCACUAAGUGUACAUUUUUGUAAUUGAAGCCGACAAGUGAAAUGUCUGGACUGUAUGUCUAUUGAAAUGAUUCACAUCACAUAUUUUAUAUCUUCCUGCUUCUCCCCAACCCGAAAAUCUUUUUUUGUUUGUUUGGUUUUUUUUCAAUCCGAAAUAACUUCGUCUUUCUUUCUGAGUUAAUUUCAAUUUGUAUAGUAAUUUAUCUCUUGCAUAAAGUUGAGUACUUAACGAAACUCCGCCAUUUUAUUUAAAAACUUCUACAGAAAGAAUUUCGAAAUUUUUGAAUGGGUUUCUAAUUUUAUUUGUAUUGAGAAAACUAAUACCUACAGCAUAUGUACUUAAAUUAUGCUUUUCACAGUUGUAAAAAGAUUUCAUAUUGUGAUAUUUUAUGAAUAAAAGAUUUAAACGGAAAUAACUUAAAUCACUUCACAUUUUUCUCACAUUUACCGACUAUCUUUGUUUAAAUAUUAUGAACACAUGUGUAUAUGCUGAAGAAAAAAAGUUAUCUGUUCGAAAUCUUCUGUAUAAUGGAAAAUGCAAUUAAACAUUGUUCAAAGCUUUUACUUUGAAUUUCAACUCACUAGUCAUAAUGAGUUUGUAAAUAAAAUGAUAGAGUUUCGUUGUGUGAGGUUUCCAUUAGAUGUGCUGAGUCAAGUAUUUUUAAUCUUCGAAAGAUUUCCUCUAUUCUUCAAACACUGUUUUGUGUUACAGAUCAUAUUAAAAAUAUUUAUAAUCUCAGUUUUAAAUUCUGCUCCAAUGCCAUUUUUAAAUAUUUUCUGCUUGUGAUGUUCUAAACUUUUGUUUGUAUUUUGUUAUGAGGUGUAUUUGGAAAAGAAAUUGAACAACUUUGUGUUUAUUAAUUUUGUUUAUAUUUUCAGAUUAUGUAUUUAGAUUAUAGACUUUGAAAUGUUGAAAAUGGUUAUUUUAUGCACUUUUUUACAUCUAGCUGAAUGAGUCAAUUUGAAUGUUAUUCAUCAGCUGUAAGAUUUUAUUGUAUCAUCUUUCCUUUUUUUUUUUUUUUUCCUCCCAACAGCAUUUAUAAAUAAAUUAUUUUUGAACUUCUGCCAUUAGUUGCAGGAAAAUCUAAUUUCUUGAAAGAAAUCUGUAUAUUUUAUUCCAUAUCUGUCAUCAUUUUGUUCCAUUAUUGUAUUAAUAAAAACACUAGCUAUUUUCACUU